GCAUCUACACGUUCUAGCAAUAUGGAUAUUGACAAACUAUUCAAGGUCCCAAAGCUGCCCACAGGCGGCAACAAAAGGCGCAUGCCAGAUGCUCCAACUCCCGAAAUGCUCAAGAAAAUGAAGUUCGACUCUGACUCCAUGGCCAGUGCAGCGGGUCCAUCAUCCAUGGCACCACCCCCACCACCGAAAGGCGCGUCCUCAUCCGCCUCGAAGUCCGGUCCAAAACGCGCCUAUGUCCGAGACGAAGAGGAUGAAGACGCUGAAGCUGAGGAACGAGCGGGAGACUUUGCGCCUGGUGGAGACGCGGACUAUUUCACGGAGGAGGAUGAUGAGGGACGGUUCUUCGGUGGAGGGCUGACGAGCGAGCAGAAGGAGAUCCUCAACAUAUUUGAGAAUGCGGGCGAAGGUGCGCCGGACGACACGGAGACGCUGAAUGCAACCGGCAUUCGGAAGCUGCUAUUGAGGUUCGAGAAGGCUGCGAACAGGAACCAGGAUCAACGUUCGAAAUACCCUGAUGAUCCUACGAAGUUUAUCGACUCCGAAGCAGACCUUGACAGCGCCAUCAAGGCGUUACUUCCCCUUGCCCAAGUACCUUCAUUGGCUUAUCCGGACCUCGUGCGCUCAGGCCAAGUAGCAACUAUUGUCGGUCUUCUUAGCCAUGAGAAUGCGGACAUCGCUCUGGAUAUCAUCGAACUCGUGCACGAGCUCACGGACGAAGAUGUUGGCAACGAAGGCGAGGAUGAGGAUGAAGGAGAGGAUAGCGAGGCAGCUCUGAAAACAUUGAUUGAUGCUUUGCUGGAAAACUCAAUAUUGGAACUCCUGGUGGACAACAUGACACGCUUCAACGAGGCAGAAGAGGCAGACCGACAGGGCAUAUAUCAUGUUCUGGGUAUCUUCGAGAACAUCGUCGGGUCCAGACCCAAACUCGCAGAGCUCCUCAUCUCGAAAACGUCGCUUCUCAGCUGGAUGCUGAAGCGAAUCCAAGAGAAAGCGCAUGACGACAAUCGCAGCUAUGCCGCCGAGCUGCUCUCCAUUCUUAUGCAGGACAGUCGGCCUAAUAGGCUCGAGCUGGGCAAGAAGGAUGGAGUGGAAGUGUUACUUAAGGUCGCUUCGCAAUUCAGGCGCAGAGAUCCGGCGGAUGCUGACGAAACGGAGUUCAUGGAGAAUAUCUUCGAUGCUCUAUGUUCUGCACUGGUCGAACCAGAAAUAAAGGAGCUCUUCCUCAAGAGCGAAGGUGUCGAUUUAUUGGUGCUCAUGAUGAAAGAGAAGAUGCAGUCACGGUCGCGGUCCAUAAAAACUCUGGACCACGCCAUGUCAGGUCAAGCUGGUACCGAGAGUUGCGAAACUUUCGUGGAGGCGAUGGGUCUCAAAUAUUUGUUCUCCGCUCUCAUGGGCAAGGCCUCGAAGAAGUCAAAAUCAUCCUCGACCCCCGCCUCCGAGGACACAACCCACAUCCUCUCCAUCCUCUCCUCCCUCUUCUCCAACCUGCCCUCCGACUCCCCCUCCCGCAUCCGCCUCCUGGCCAAAUUCGUAGAAUCGAACUACGAAAAAACGGACAAACUACUCGACGUGCGCGAGUCUGCGCACUCGCGGUUGAAAGUCGUGGACAAGGAGAUCGAGGCGGAGAAGAAGGUGGUGAGGGAGAAUGGAGAGGAGGUGGAUGAGGAGGAAGACGUGUGGUAUUUGAGGAGGCUUGAUGGAGGGCUUUAUACGCUGCAGAUGGUGGAUUAUAUUUUGGCGUGGGUGAUGAUGGAGGAUGAUGGGAUCCGAGCACACGCGAAACAGAUGUUGGACCGUCGAAACCGCUCCUUCAAAGAUAUCGUCGCCACACUUCGGGUCUACAGCGACAAUAUCACGGAAGAGACUCCUCCCGAUCGCAUGGACGUCGAUGGCGCUCCGAACGGGCAAGACAUCGCACCGACACAAAAAGAGAUCUUGGGACACCUCGUCGACUUUCUCGAAGGUUGCUAGUCUGGACCUCUGUAUACCCACAACAAAUCUUUUGUUUGAUGCUAGAUGAUAGUACUGGUGACUUUUCCAGAU